AUGUAUCAUUGCGUCUGCGGCUUCUCGGCCGCAACGGCGACGGCAUUCCACGGCCACCUCACAGCGGGCGGCGACGACGCCAGCACCGCCCACAGGCUGUCAGCCAACAACGGCCGCUACAGCACGCGCGCCUCCGCGGCUGGCGCAGGCAAGGCCAACCGCCCCGGCGGCGCGUAUCCCCCCGUCGAGCCCGCCGGCGGCUGGCUGCACAGCGCAGACUCAGCCAGCGAGCUGGCGCAGCCGCAGCAGCAGCGGCGCCGCCCGCAGCAGCAGCGGCCCGCCGGCGGGCAGCAGCCGGCCGGCGGCGCCGCGCCCGCGGCCGCGGAAAGCGCGUGGGAUGGCGCGGGCGCGUGGGUGCAAGAGUACGUGAUCGGCGCCGCCCCGUCGCCCGCCGGCGCAGGCGCCUCCCCGCCCCUCGCGCCGCUGCCUGUCUCGACAGGCGCAAGGGCGAGCGCGCCGCCGCAGGCCGCGCCCGCGGUGCCCGCCGCGAGGCAGAGCUUCGGCGCGGGCCUGCGGGAGGCGAUGCAGGGGUAUGGCUGGCUGUCCGGCGCGGCCGGCCGCGCCGCGACGCAGGCAGUCGUGGCCGCCGUCGCCGCCGCCGCGGCCGCCGCGGCGGACGCUGCGCCGGCCCCCGAGCCGCCGGCGUCGAACGGCAAGCGGCAACAGCAGCAACAGCAGCAGCGGGAGCAGCGGGAGCAGCAGGAGCAGCAGGAGCAGCACCAGGCGGAGGCAAUUUGGCCGAACGGCCCCCUGGGGUGGCUCGGGGGCGCCAAUGGUGAUGACGUGGCAUCAGAUCACGAGGUGCCCGGCAGCGGCAGCGAGAGCGGCGCGCACUGGGGCUCAGGCAGCCCCAGCCCCCGCGGCACGCCUGCUGGCGGCGGCCCCUCGCGGCGCCGCUCGACCCGCACCAGCUGGCGCAGGAGCAGCGGCGGCGGCGGCGGCGCCGAUGAGAUGGGGCCGCGCGCGGAGGCGGUGCGGGCGCUGCUGCUGUGGCACGACUUUGGCGCGAGCGCCCGCGCGCUGGGGUUUGGGCUGUACCUGAUAAUGCUCCUGGGGUCGCUGCCCCGGGGGCUGCAUUACCUUCAAAUCACUUCCGUCGCCCCCGGCUGCGCCCUGCUGGUGUUGGCGUACCACCUAGCAAAGGGCCCCGCCGCCGCUGGUUAUGCAAAGGUGGUCGGCACGCCCCCCUCCGCCGCCCGCGCCGCGCUCGCGCGCGCCGA